UUCAACAUCCAAAGGGAGAGAUUAUUUUAGGAGAGCAUUUACAAUGUUCAUUAUUAGCUCAUUUUUGGCACCAACAAGUAGCGCUGUCACAUCCCCAAAGCACUUACGUGCCAUUGUUGAUGUAGAGAAUAUAACAAGAUACAAUUGGGCAAGAUUUGUGCAUGAUGAGCUUAUGAAAGGGGUUCAAAAAUUCAAGGAAAAAAAUACAUUAAGUAUUGAUGGUUGUCUUUAUGUUUUCAUGAUUAUCUAUUACCACAAAGACACAUUUGGAGAUAAGGAAAAUUAUAUGGGGCCUCCACCACCAUGGAUUGCUUAUUGGGAUAAAGAAAAACUUGCAAAGAAGUUGACACAGGAAUCAUCAAAGCAAAGGCCAACGGGUAUUGUUACCCUUUUAGUUAAGCAAGGUGGUGUUGAUACUAAAUUUGCAAAGAACACAACAAGAGCACCAACUAAGAAAAGGGGGGCGAAGGAGCUUAAUAAAGAUAACACAACGAAGGAAAAGAAAGAAAGAUUUGAUGAACAAAAUAAUGACAACAAAAUGUCAAAGGAAGAUGAUAAUGUAUCAGAUGAGCAAAAAGAUAAAGAAAGUGAUGCAAAGCAAGAUGAUGAAAAAGAGGUCAAAACAAGCUAUGAUUGCGGAUUGUUUGUAAUAAAAUGGGUAGAAAUGUGGAAUCCUAGUAGUAUCGAGAUUAAUGAGUCCAACAUGCCAGAAUGGGACGAAGAAGCAAUUGGUCAUCCAAUGCUUACAUCACUUUCAAAUGCACUUCUUAAGGAUGUUAUAAACAAAUCAGAGAAAUAUAAAAUGGUAAAGCCAACUCCAGCUCAAUCAAGUCCUUACAUAGUAUGUAAUACUGAUGAGUUGAUGAUUGAAUGCCUUGGUUCGGCUGGGAAGGGGUUUAGAAAGAAAACUGUUGCUAAGAAGCGCAGAAACUGA